GUUUCUAGAGUUUAGGGGCUAUGUCGUGUGAUGGUCUGCGACAGGUCGCAGCGAUGUGGGCGGGUGGUGGGGGGUGAAUGAUCCCUACAUCCCCACCCCCCGCGCCACCCCAACCUUCCCUUUUUUCGAUCCGUUCGACCCAGAUCCUACUCCUGUCGAAAGGACUGGAACAAAUCACUGGGACAUGGAACGAGCAAAACAAUCUGAUCGGAUCAUUGCAAAAUCGUCAAGGAGUCACACAGCGUGGUCUUUGGACUUUACGGAGACUGUAAUAACCACAUAUCUGUUUCUAAGUAGGUCUUGGUUGUCAGAGUGGUUGAACAUUGGUCAAAGUCGACUGCGAAGGAUAUCUGAAACCUUAUAUCUCCACGUGAGUUCCUUCUCUACGGGCUUCUUUGACCGGGUAGUUUGACCCAACUGGUUCAACUUUCGACUUAACUUAUUGUCUUAAACUGAAGGAGCUCACUUCUGGCUUUCUGGUACCUUGAGAUGGAAAAGGUUUCCCUAUUUCUCAAGUGAGGAGGUUUUGGAAGUAGUUUGGAGAGGAACAUGAGUGGGAAAAACAGGUCGAGAUUUUCGAGCUUUUUGUCCAGUGGAUGAGUAAUGGAAGCCAACAGCGAUGGAGAUGUUGCAGAACAGAUAUUUUAUGAUACAGUGAGAGAAUAUGUGAUAUCCCUGCUUGUGUUCAUUAUUUUGUAUGGUAUUUCUCAUGCUGUAAUCAGCACUUACAAAAGACGAAGAGAUGAACUUGAUUCAGAUGAAGAAGAUGCCUUUGUUUAUCGGAUUUCGUUUUGGCUGUGCACGUUUACCCUGACAGUGUCUCUUGGUGCAGUCCUUCUGUUGCCGAUGUCAAUAUUGAGUAAUGAGAUCAUGAUUAUGUAUCCCAAUAGUUACUACAUCAAAUGGCUUAACGGCUCACUUAUCCAUGGAAUGUGGAACCAGAUAUUUCUAGGCUCAUACAUGUCACUCUUUGUUGCUAUUCCAUUUGCAUACUUCUUUACUGAGUCAGAAGGAUUCGCUGGUUCACGAAAGGGUAUCAUGGCACGCGUUUAUGAGACAUCAGUGGUUCUAUUCUUGCUGGCCAUUCUGGUGACCAGCAUCGUCUGGGUGGGUUUAGCUCUGAUUGACAGGGGACGGACAAGUGAUGAAGGAUGGAUUACCAUCCUAUUAUUGUUUGUUAAUCAGACCAGCUGCAUGGCCAUGGUAGCGUUAAAUGUCCUCAGUCUGUUGUUUGUUCAUGGAGCCCUGCCCAGAAAAUCCACGGUCCUUGUGUUGGGGAAAGUAUCUUCUUCGAUGAUGGGAACGUUCGGUGCUCUUCUAGAAAUAAUCCUGAUAUUUUACUUGAUGAUUGCGUCCUUGGUAGGAUUGUACAGCGUUCCAUACUUCGCGCGCCUGCGUCCUGUGGUGCGGGAAACUGCCACAAUAAAGGUGAUCGUUAACUGUAUCGUGUUGUUGAUUCUUAGUUCAGCUUUACCAGUUCUGUCUAGAACGCUUGGGAUUACCAAGUUUGACCUGAUGGGCGAGUUUGGCCGACUGGAUUGGCUGGGGAAUUUUCGUGUGGUAAUCCUUUAUAACCUUGUGUUUGAGGUAUCCACUGCCUUCUGUUUGGUGAAUAAGUUCACGGCUUCUGUCAGGAACGCUUUGUACGAACAGGUUCAUGUGCCUACUGUGCAGUUCUUCAGACGAUUCAAACCAAAGGCCAAGGCGUCGGAUUGAAGAAAUGUUACGAAAGGGUAUUAGGUCGUUAGACAGUUUGAAGCAACGACAUAAGACCUUGACACAUAAGAGAAUAUGUCAUGAAGGAUGAUGUGGAGUCUAUUCGAAGAUGUAGGAGUUCAGUGAUACGAGAAGCUAGGUCUUGUUUUAGGAAGAGACGAGAAGAUGUUGGCAAUUCUCGAAUUUACCACGACAGAUAAGAUAGUGGAACAGACGAUUCAAACUCUUGUACCGAGACUUUGUUCCAACUAAAAAGAAAUUCUGAAAGGAUGUCAAAUAUGCUUGAAUGUAUCUACGAUGUUGAAUUAAUGAGAAGAUAAUUGACUGCUCCACUUUGUUACAAACAAAUUGGAAAACAAAUACACUGCGGUGAGAUAAUGAGUCUACACGAAAACGGGAGGUUGAACUCUCAAAUUAUCACAAAGGUGGCGCCAAGACCUUAAAAAAGAAAACAGGAAAAAAAAAAACUAUUGGAGAGGAAGGAAAUGUCGUAUAAAGAUAUACUGAUUCGCUUUGCGAUGAAGCUGGAAGUCUUUGUGCGUUUCGCACAAACUAGAACACGCAAAAUGUGGCGUCUGCGCACUCUGAGAAUUUGGUUGACGGUUUUCUAUAUUCUCAUUACUUGUUUGGUUAACAUUGUGUCCAUGUACCAAGGAGAAACUACAUGAUGAUAAUGGCACUUGAAUGGUCGAACGUUUUUAACCCAGUAAAACAAAUAUCUUGUUGUGGCUGUUGUACAUGCAUCCCUGUACACAACAGCAAAGUAUGUACGUUAGCUAACAUAUAGUUAGGUAUCUUAAAAUUUUCUAGUUACUAAAUAUUUUGUAAAAAACACACCAAAAAGCUUUGUUAGAUUGACAGUGUUAUAACUGAAAGCUCUUUACAGAAUUGGGCUUCAGCUCUCAUGUGGUGCUAUUAGGGAUAACAUAACAGGUAAAGUUAGGUGUCUUUUUUAUUUGUGUAAAGCUACAAUUUUGGUCGCGUAUUCGUCAGGACAGUUCUAAUGUUUGCUUUCAUUCCUCAAGUGACUGAAAUGCCAGAGUCGAAAGAGAUACGCUAAGGUGGGACAAGAAGUUGUUGUCCAUAGCGACUGUUACCAACGUAACUGUCUUCUCUCAUAGAAUAGGCUAUUUCCGAAUUACCAGUUGCCUCUGUGUCGAAGCGUGUCCUUUUGUGUGUUCAUUUACAAGUUCAUUUUCACGCAAAUCAAACUCAUUUUCAUAUGAAAGGUUUUGCACGGGGACUCGUUUUGAAACAGAGGCACAAGGUUAUUCGGAAAUGGCCUGUUAUGACGUAAUUGUAGUCACAUGGAGAGUAAAAAAAUGUUUAGAACUUAACGUCAUUGUGGCUCUCCUACACAAGGAGAGACAAAUGACUGUACGUAUUAUAGUUAGUCACUGCCGAAAAUACUUUAGGUUUAAAUAUUGUGGAUAAAUGAAAAGAUUUAGAAAUGAAAAGGAUCGAACGAAAAAUUCAAAAUGGUACAAUAAGUCAGGACAAAAGCAAUAAUUACUUAUUAUCAUUAUGAUCUGGCCUUCUUCUCUUUGUUCAAUUUACUUUGAGCCCCCAGGCAGUGGCGCCUCUAUUGGGGGGAAGAAGAAAGAUGACUUUCGGAAGCGGUGCACCAUUCCUUACACAAUGAUUACAGUAAAUAAUCCUUCUCGCAAUCGUACGCUCAAUAAUGUCGUUAUAGUUGAUCUUAUAUUUAUUUAUUGCUUUUGUGCACGAAUUACACAGCUUAAUAUUGCAAAUAAAUGGAAAUUUAGAACAACAUAA